AUUUAUUAUAGGUUCAUCGCAGUAUUAUCGGUAUAUCUAUAGGUUUAAUAAUAAUGCAGUGAUAUUGAUUGUCUGAUAAUUCAACGAAUAAUUUGAUAGUCCAAUAUGGCAGAGCUUGAUAGUUUACUUCAUGAAGAAAUCCCAAGUGGAAGAAAAGCUCUUUUGGAUAGCAAAGCCAAUUUAGAAAAUGUCGCAAAUUAUUGUCAGCAGAUGUAUGUCGAUGCUGACAACAAAAAGACUGCACUUGAUGAAACAAAGAACUUCACAACUCAGUCUCUUGCAUCUGUUGCAUACCAGAUUAAUACAUUAGCAAGCAACAUGCUUCAUAUGCUUGAUAUACAGGCUGCUGAACUUGCAAACAUGGAGUCGUCAAUAAAUAAUAUUUCAAUGACUGUUGAUAUUCAUAAAGAGAAGGUGGCAAGGAGAGAAAUUGGUCUUCUCACAACAAACAAAGUCAUCACAAGAAAUCAUCAGAUUGUUGCACCAUCUAAUCCAGACAGAACUGUCAAGUAUGUACGAAAACCAAUUGAUUAUGCUGAAUUAGAUGAUGUAGGACAUGGUGUGAAACUUGCAAACCAAGGAUCUCAGAGCGGAAAUCUGAAUGUGAGGAGAGUCUCAAAAACUCCAAGUCCAAGUGUAGAUGGAAGGAAACGUGACAGCUUGAAAAGUGUCACCAGUUCAACUGGUUAUGGCACAAUACGAGCUGUGCGAACACCGACUGUACCAACUGACUUCACCGCAAGUACAAAACGACUUCCCACCAUGUAUCGAAAUCGAACAAACAGUAACAGCAGUUCAGGUUCUGGAAGUAUGAGCUCCAGUGGUGGUUAUUACCCUGGAUCAGGCCCUGCUGCUUCACAGAAUUCCCAAUCUGUAUCAAUGGCCCCUCCACCGGUGCAAGGACCUCCAGCACCACCUAGUGUGCCUGGUGUUAUGCCACCGCCACCAGUGAUGUCACCCACAAUGCCACCGCCACCCCCAAUGGAAGGGGCUCCACCCCCACCUCCUCCACCAGUGAUGGCCCCACCACCACCUCCAAUGUCGCCAGGAUACAGCACACCCAGUGUUGGGAGGGUUCCUACAAUGCCUAACACAAAUGAGGGAUAUGCUUCUGCAGCUGUCUAUGAUCCUCCACUCCCUCCACCUCCUCCAUCAUUUGACACGGAUACAUCUGAUCUGCCUCCACCAAAUGAUGUGCCUGGCAUUCCACUGCCUCCACCAGAUGAUACACUGAUGAUGCCUCCACCACCACCAGAUGGUUUACCAAACCAAUACAGCAAUCAUAAUGAUUCGAAUUAUGGUUCAUCAGAUCCAAGUUGGGCACCAAGAGAAUAUUUGCAUAAAGUCAUUGCUAUCUAUGAUUAUUCUGCUGAAAACGCAGAUGAACUCUCACUUCGAGAAGAUGAAGUCGUGUAUGUUGUAAGGAAGAAUGAUGAUGGUUGGUAUGAAGGAGUACUGAAUGGAGUAACAGGACUUUUUCCUGGGAAUUAUGUCGAGAUAAUUUCUAUCUGAAAUUCCUGCCUGAAUAUGCUUGUGGGUUGCAGGUGAUCGAAGCUGGAUCAAAUAGAACUGCAUUACUUAGUCGGAAAAUGUUUCACAUCUCUUAUACUGUUGUAUGCAUUGUUGCCUUUAUAUGGGUUAUGUAAUAUACAUUUAUAAUCUGGUUAAAGUCAUUGUUUAAAAUCUGAAUUUUGUUGGAAGAUGCUUUGAAGACAUUGGGAUUGAAAUAAAAAGAGAAUGAUGGAUAGUUUCUCUUACUGUUAGCACUUUAUUAUCUAUCUGCACAGAAGGCAAUUAAUGGAAUGAUAUUUCUGACUUUAGUUUUAAAUACUAAUUUUUGGGAUUAAGGUAUAAUUUGACUAUGCUGCCUCUUUUCUAAUUCUAAAAUAUUACUCUUAUCUAUUUUUUAUGUUUGAAAAUGUAUAAGGUAUCAUCGAAUAUGAUUUUUCAUUUAUCUUUCGAGUUUCAGAAAUUACUGCUGCUAUGUACAAUAAAAAUGAACUAGCAGAUAUCUGAGAGUCUAGGUUCACACAAUUUCACAUUAUUCCAUAUCAUGUAUCAGUAGUCAAUUUUGUGCAUGCUCUCUAAUUCUGUUUACUACUUUUCAUUUCACUCAUCUAUUCCUAUAGUUAUAUCAUCGAAUUUCAUUUAAUUUGUUCGAGAUCUGUGCUUUUAACUUUAAUUUCCGUUAAAACAUUCUCACCUACAGACUGAAUCUUAACCAAGUAAUUAUCUAACUGGGACCAUUUAAAACAAUCUUAUUUCUUGUUGAACACACUCAAAUGUUUUGGAUGCAUGGCAUUUGCUUAAUUUAGGUAGACAUAACUUGGCAAUGUGAGGAAGUUGUUUUGCCCCAUUUUAGAAGAAUAACUCAUUUCCCCUCUAUCGCCGCAUUUGAGAAGCUGAUCACUCAUUUGUUUAUUAGGUGUUAUUUUGUUACCUUCGUCGCACAAAAAGAAACAAAUAUAAUUCAGUGUAUCCAUUGCUUUAUUUGAGUCUUUAUUGUUAUAUCAUAGCUUUACUCAAGAUCAACUAAUCGACCAAUAUAAUAUAAUUUUCUUGUAUUUCAUUACAUUUGCUGAGACUACUCAACUAAUGAAAUUAUAAUGUUUCUUUUGUGGCUCUUCCGUUUUUUUCUCUUUUUAUAUCCUAUUACUAUUAUAGGCCAGCAUUGACCUUCAUGGUAAGAUAAUUUCCAAUUGGUUAUCACAUAAAUAUAUUUAAUACUAACUACCAUAUAUUGUAUUCGGAGGAACAUAUCUUGCCUUUUUGGAAAUACAAUACGGUUUCUAGGCAAUACAAUAACAAAUGCCGGUAUA